CCGGCGCAAGUUCCGCCGCUUACACCUGGGACCAACAAGAAGAUGACCGAGGCUCUGAAGGCAUCCUUCGCGUCGUGGGAAAAAGAACAGAUCCGCCUUAACAUAACCAAAGAUCCACGACAAUGGUCGGAAUCAGCGGUGUCAAGCUGGCUGCAAUGGGCGAUCCGCGAAUUCUCGCUCGAGGGCGUGGCUAUGCAGUCCUGGCAGCACAUGACUGGCAAGCAGAUUUGCGCCAUGGGCAAGGAGUCCUUUCUCGCCCGAGCCCCGGUCUUCAUGGGUGACAUCCUCUGGGAGCAUCUCGAGAUACUUCAGAAAGACGUUGACUUGGAAAAAUCGUCGCUGGAGAAUAUGCCCGCCAACCUGUAUGAGAGUGUUUGCGUGCCGGAUCUCAACGAAUUUCUGAGUUACCAGGCCAACAGCACUACUUCAGUCUCAUCCACAGCAUCGGAGACCGCCAAGGGACCGUCCACACCCGCUCCGGUGCAGCAGCAGUCUCAGUCGUCUGUCGUGCCCUUGACUCCCAGGCAGUUUCGCAGUGACGGAGGUUACCACCAUUUACGCAGUCCCGCCUGCAACCAGCAGGAUCAGCCACAAGACAGCCGACGCAGGGAAAAUUCGCCUCAAUCGCAAUCGAGUAGCAACGGCUCCCAGCACCCCACGUCCACGGCCUCUGCUGGCCUGACGCCCCAAACUCCAUCUGCCAACUCUAAUGUCACUAACAACAACAACAACAACAGCAGCAGCAGCAGCAACAACAACAACAACAACAAUAACAAUAACAUUACCAACAACAACAACAACAACAACAGCACGCACAAUAACAACAACAACAGUACGACCAGUAAUGCCUACAUCCACCUGCGGAAUCUCAACCAGCUCAAAUCGGAGUCAGCGUACGCGAAUCACCAGGCUCCGAGUAAUGAGCAGCAGCAUCUACAGGCGGCCAAUAAUGGGGAGAUCGAUCUGAGGUCCUCGGUCGGCCCGGGAGCUGACAACUACCUCAACCCGGCCCAUUACUCGGGCUAUGAGGAGCCAGCGGAUUACCACGGCCUCGGUGGCCACGAGCACCAUCCUGGCCACCCCUACGGCCUCGACGGCUCGCCCGAGUUUUACGGCCAGGCCAGUGGCAUGCAACUCGAGCCCAAAUACCAACCACCGCCCUUCAAGAGCUACUCUCGUGGUCGUUACCAUGACAGUUACAGCGAGGGUGGCUACGGUCAGUACGACUCGGCGCCGUUUCAGACCGUGCCGGGUAGCACCGGACCGGGUAGCGGUAGCGCCAACGUGCCCAGCGGUGUCGGCGAACAAUGGAGCGUCGGGCCCACAGCUGACCAUCUGGCCCAUCACCAAGCAGCCUUUCUCGCGGGUCUUGGGCCUCGGGAUCCCGCCAAUGCUUCGCAUCAUCCCUCGUCCAUGGGCAACCAAAAUCCGGACCAUCAGAAGCCACCCUUACUGCCCAGCGCCAUGCUCGCUGGAUACGCCGGAGGCGGGCCCUGCUUUACGGGCUCAGGUCCCAUCCAGCUUUGGCAAUUCCUUCUCGAGCUGCUUACCGACAAGAGCUGCCAGGGCUUUAUAUCGUGGACCGGCGACGGAUGGGAGUUCAAGCUGACCGACCCGGACGAGGUGGCACGUCGCUGGGGCAUCCGAAAGAACAAGCCCAAGAUGAAUUACGAAAAGCUCAGCCGCGGUCUUCGCUACUACUAUGACAAAAACAUUAUUCACAAAACAGCCGGCAAGCGUUACGUUUAUCGCUUCGUCUGCGAUCUCCAAAGUCUUCUUGGUUACAGUCCAGAAGAAUUGCACGCGAUGGUGGAUUUGAAACCCGAGAAGAAAGAGGAAGACUGAACUAUCCAAACUUUUUGGGACUAUGUUAUUGAAGCACCGAAGAGAUAAGUUUCGAUGACGAUGAUCGGACGUGGCAACCUAUUCUUCGGCUAUGGAUUAUAUAGUUUAAACGAGAACAAACAUUCUUUCAACUACUCGUGUGUAAUCGCGUUUUCUUCAUUAAAAAAAAAAAAAAUAAAAAAUAAGAAGAAGAAGAGGUAGGAGAAAGAGGAGGAGAGUAUGAAGUGUAGAAAAAAAAUGUAUGCGAGUGCGAUAUAUUGUUUGAAAGGUGGAAAAAUGAAUGGAAUAUGCCGCAUUUCAGUGUUUAUGGACUAAAUUCAAAGGAAAAGGAAAAAGUAAUAGUACAGAGAAAUUUGAAAAUGUUGUAAGAUUUGCCGUUCUUCUAGUUUUAAAAUACAAUUUUUGACGUGCAACUCAAGCAAUCAAUGGCCCUUACUCUACAAAAGUACAUUCCGUUCCUGCUUCCUCUACUUUUUCUUCUUUUUUCUCUAAACAAAAGAGAUGAAGAAAGAAAGAAAAAAAAAAUUAUAAAUGCAAUGAAAUUGAAUCGGUCGUAUGUACCAAAGACAGGGUCCGUAUACCAUUGGUGCCUCAAAGUAAUAAGCUAAAAUGUGAAAUCUUUUUUUUUUUUUUUUUUCGAUCGACGAUCGAUUUGCCACAUAAGAUUUUAGAAAUAUUUAUGUAAGAGUAAUUUAAAGACAGUUUAUGCACAUACAUGCACACACAUUUAUAUUUAUAUAUUUGUAUAUGCAUAUACAUAAAUAAAUAUAUAAAUGUGUGUAUGUGGCAUACUAUAUAAAAAUAUAUGUAUACAUAUAUACAUAUAUUUAAGUUUACGUGAUUUUUAAGCACUGUGGCAUCGAUUUAUCAAUGAUGCAUCUAAAUUAUUUAUGGCGCAUCUUUUUAAUACGUGUGUUAUUAUAUCUCGUUGAUAGAUGACACGAUAUGUGAUUGUUAUGACUUUAAUUUUACUACAAUAAAAUAAUAUACCAAUAUUUUAUGUUUGAUUCUUGAUGAACCUACUCACAUAAAUUUUGCUUUU